AUAUGAGGUGAACCUGUCACAUUAGAGUCGCUGCUGCUCCGCUAACGGUGGGUCUUGUUCUAGGAUGAUAUCACUUAGCCUGUUGGCUAGUUGGCUAAUUUAGUUGGUUAACGCGGUCUUCACGGGAUUUGACUAUCUAGCGUCGGACAAGGCCGGGGUUAGUGGUGCGGGAGGGGAUGAAAUCACGGUUUCCCAUCAUGUGCAAGUCGUUCCGUUAUUUUUAGCUAGCACCGCAGGCUAGCGCGGCCAAUGGUGGCCAGCACAGCGUGACUAAUCUGUCUGUUGUUUGAAAAGCGAUGCAAAUGGAGCAGUGGCAGGACGCGGCCUCUCGGCAGGUCGAGCUGCUGACACACCGUCUGAAUGAACUGCUGUCCAGGGGCCUGGAGCUGCUGCGCACCGAGCUCGGCGUGGAUCUGGGUUUGAAGCCCGACCUCAUUCCGCCAUGGGUGAUCCUCUUAGCGGCGUGCACCGGGCUGGUGCUGAUGGUCGCUCUGUGGGCCUCGGUCUGCCGGGGUCUCUUCAAGAAACGACCCGCUCACAGUCAUGUGGACGACGGCAUUGAGGUGACGCGCGAUGUCAGUAAACCUAUGAAACCCGAGGACCCGAAGAAAAAGAAGAAGAAAGCAGAAAAGAAAGCCCAGUCUAAUGGGAGAGCUGUCUCUGAGCCACAGGAGGAGGAGGAGGACAUCGUGUCGGAGGAGAAGGUGCCACAUCACCAGCCCCCGGCACCAGGAGUCAAGGCUGAGAAGGUUGCGGAGGUAAAGAAAUCCAAGAAGAAGGCCAAACAGGCUGUGAGAGUGCCUGCAGAUGGCAAAGAACCAGAAGAAGGCACAUGGGAGACCAAAGUCAGCAACAAGGAGAAGCGUGAAAUGCGCAAGAAAGACAAAGGUUCUAGUGAUGGCUCAGCCAGUCCUGGAGGAGGGGACACGCCUGUAAGCUAUUCUCCAGAGCAGCCCAAGGCUCCUUCAGCCCCAGUUCCUGCAAACCAGAAGAAGAAAAAAGGAGAAUCCACAAAAGUGAAGACAGAGAAGGUGCGGGCUGUUGUAUCUCAAGUGAACAGCAGAGAGGUGGCAGCAGAGACUGCGGGUGUGACGGACAUGGCAGUCAAUGCUCCUGCCCACGUUCCUCAGAAGUCAGGCCCCUGGACCACCAAUAGAGAACCAGUGUCACAUUGGAGAGCUGAGAUUGAUGAGUCGUGGACUGUGAUUGACAGGGGAAUGCCUGCCACAGAGCUUAAAUUGUCUUUUACUGGACUGGGAGUUGGUGCUGCUGAGCCGCACGCUGUGAGCGACCUGCCCUGGCUCAGUCAGCCCAGAGUGGACGAAGGGUGGUCUGGCCUCAAUGGUGGUUCAGUCGACCCCAGCUCUGACUGGAAUGCCCCCUCUGAAGCCUGGGGAAACUUUGAAGAGCCCACUCCUGAGCCGGCUCCUGCUCAGGAGCAGUCCCUCCCUGAGCCUGUCAAGGAUGAUGACGAGGAUGAAAAGGACAAGGGAGAGGCCGCUUCUGAUGGAGCAGCUAAAACUAAAAAGAAGAAGAAGAAGAAGAAGAAGGCUGGAGAGGAGGGAGGAGCAACUGACCAGGGCGAGGAGCCAGAGAAGGAGGCAGCACCUGCAGCCUCAGUGAAGAAGCAGCCACCUCUUCAGGAGAAUCCUGCUGCCAUCCAGCCUGUCAAAGCAGCUGCUGCUGAGGCAAGAGUGGAGCGACCAGUGAAGGACAAGAUAUCCCCAAAACCCCCUGUCACUCAAGUGCCACAGAAGCCCACUGAUGGAGAGACCACUGCCAAGCAGAACAGCCUUCCUGCUCCAGCUCAACAGAAAAAACCUGAGGAGAGCCAAGCAUCCAAACCAGCAAAGAAGAAGAAGGCAAGGAGAGAGACAUGAGAUCGAGUCCACUUGGCAGACCUCUGUAUGCAAAGAGCUUCAUAUCCUGUUUAUGCAACAUCAUUUGUGACAAGGACUUUGAACUAGGGUCUUCAAGAUGAGAACAUACCUUGAACACAUGUCUGGAAAAUGAAAACCAUUUUUAUACACGUGGGGUGUCAGUCGGUGGAUCAUUGAAAACUGAACCUAGAUGCAGUGCAAUCUAAUGUAAUGCGGUGUUAAUGAUUUUAAGUACGCAUUUGAUACUGAUUCUGUCUUCUAAUUCUACUGAAUCAAAUAACAGAUUGAAGGAGCUGUAUUGUAAUCAUUAGACCUGGUGAAAAUACUGAUUGUGUGUAGAAAAUUGACGUUGUCGGUGGCUAACGACUGGAGUGUCCUUUGUGGAGAAUGAAAAUGGUCAACUUGCAUCAGGUCACUAAGUACUCGGGCCACCAUGUUGAUCUGGCCUUUGAUUUUCAGUCUUUUAUUUUUGCUCUGUAAUUUGUGAGGCAUGAUGGUACAGUGAGCACUGAUCGGUGAAAAGAGCACAGAGAUCAAAUGUGUAACAGUUUUGGCUCAAUAGGGUGUAAGACAUAAAUGAGACAUGAGCAUCAUUAGGCACAGAAAAGGGAAUCUUGUCUGCUCUGUAUUUUUGCAUUCUUGUAUGUGACUACAACAUUUCAUUGACUUGGUCCAUCUGGUUUGUCCCUUAUCUGACAUUGUACUGCAGUGUGUCAACAACUGUCUUUGCUGUUUUUACUAUCUGACUGCUUUGUGGCUGGAGCCGUGCGUGAGCCUCUGAUCGUAGAUGUACCACAGUUUCACUGACCUCUUCACGAUUUUCCACCUGUGGUUGAUUUGGAAAUCUUCAGAAACUUUUGUAAAACUUGUUUGUAAUAAAAGAAAAGCUAAAGCCAUAUGUAAAAAUACUAAAUAAAGGCCAGUUUUCUAUG